AUGCCGUUGGACGAGUACGCGUCGGCCGUCGGCGGCGGUCUCAAACUGAAGGGCGCCAAGGUCGGCAAGCCCAAGAAGAAGAAGAGAAGGGAAAAGAGCGACCUGGAGAAGAACCUCGAGACGGGCGACGAAGGCGGCACCAGCGGCGCGUUGGUGAAGCACCGCGACGAGGCCGCUGGCGGGGACGACGACGACAGGAAGAAGAAGAAUUCCAAGAAGGGCGGAGUGAGCCAGGACCUGGAAGCCGAGGCCGAGGCCGGUGCCGACGAGGAUCGAGAUGAUAACGACGACGGCCGGGUCGUGCGGAAGACGGAGGCGGAGCGACGGUACGAGGAAAGGAAGCGCAAGAGGCUCCUCGAACUCGCCGAGUCGUCCAGCUCCCGGCCCGAGCUGCUCAAGACGCACAAGGAGCGUGUCGAGGAACUCAAUACGUAUCUAUCCAAGCUGAGCGAGCACCACGACAUGCCCAAGAUAGGACCCGGCUAA